CCACAAGAGAGCUGGCUGGUCCUGGCUCUUGCAACUAUACUAUCACUGGAAACCUUACAAACUAUCUUCUAGUCUUCUAACCUCACCCGGUCACAGCAUGUGGACAGCGGGAUUCUACGGAAUGGUGGCUAGCCAUGAUGAGUGUGAAGCCAUUUUCCAAGUCUCUUUGAACAGGAGACACCUUGUCACCUGGUUGAUCAAUUCUUUGGGAGCGGGGAUCUCUUUUUCUUUUUUUCUUUUUUCCUUUUUUUUUCCAUUUGGCGGCGGAUGCAAACGAUACCACCUGUACAUACAUACUGCCUGUAUACUACAUAUUUUAUCCAUAGUGAUUGUGCGUUGGCUUCAGAUCUACGAGCUUAGCAAGUAGUAAUGCUCGUAUCUCUCUAUCUUCAAUAUCCUCAACGUUACGGACCAUAUAGACACCAAAAUCUUCAGCU